AUGUCAAUCUGGCAAGCCUUCAGAACCUACCCCAAGGCCGUCAUGUUCAGCAUCAUUCUUUCUACCGCUAUAGUCAUGGAAGGCUAUGAUGUUGUUCUGCUCGCCAAUCUUUAUGCUUUUCCCAGUUUCAAUAAGAAGUAUGGUGUGGCUACUGGAAAUCCUCUUAACCCAUAUCAGGUCCCAGCUCCGUGGCAGGCAGGUCUUAGUAAUGGCGCAAAUGUAGGCGAGAUUCUGGGACUUUUCGUUAAUGGUAUUGUCAGUGAACGAUACGGAUAUCGGAAGACUAUGAUUGUCUCUCUGGUUGCGGUCAUUGCAUUCAUUUUCAUCCCCUUCUUUGCGCAGAACUUAAUUGACCUUCAAGUCGGAGAGAUUCUUUGCGGUAUUCCUUGGGGAGUGUUCCAGACAUUGACAACGGCCUAUGCGUCAGAAGUUUGCCCGACGCAGCUUCGAGCUUACCUUACUACUUAUGUCAAUUUGUGCUGGGUUAUGGGACAAUUGAUUGGAUCUGGAGUUCUGAGAUCUUUGGUUCAGAGAAGUGAUCAAUGGAGUUACCGAAUCCCUUUUGCGAUCCAGUGGCUCUGGCCAAUUCCAAUUAUCAUUGGAGUACUCUUCGCUCCCGAAUCUCCAUGGUGGCUAGUCCGUCGCGGCAGAGUCGAAGAUGCAAAGAAAGCCCUCAGACGCCUCACUUCCUCCAAGAACGCAGACGAAUCUUUCAAUGUCGACGAUACGAUAGCUAUGAUGGUUACAACCAACGAGCUUGAGAAGUCUUUGGCAUCUGGUGUCGGUUAUCUUGACUGCUUCAAGGGCAUCGACCUCCGCCGCACCGAAAUUGUCUGCGUCACCUGGUCCAUCCAAAACCUCUGCGGCAGCGCCUUCAUGGGCUACUCAACCUACUUCUACGAACAAGCCGGCCUCCCCAUCGUCGACUCGUUCGACAUGUCCAUGGCCCAAUACGCCAUCGGAUUCAUCGGCACCAUCGGCAGCUGGUUCCUGAUGUCCCACGCCGGCCGCCGAACCCUCUACGUGAACGGUCUCGCGCUACUAACCAUGCUCCUCUUACUCAUCGGCCUGGUCUCCAUCUCCAAAUCCAAGAACUCCGCUUGGGGCAUCGGCUCCUUGCUUCUAAUCUACACAUUCACAAUCGGACCCGUCUGCUACAGCCUCGUCUCCGAACUACCCUCCACGCGCCUAAAAACCAAAACCAUCGUCCUCGCCCGCAACAUCUACAACGUCGUCGGCAUCAUCAACGGCAUCAUCGUGCCCUACAUGCUCAACCCCACGGCCUGGAACUGGAAGGGCAAAGCGGGCUUCUUCUGGGCCGGCAUGUGCGGUCUCUGCUGGGUGUGGACGUAUUUCCGGCUGCCGGAGCCGAAGGGCCGGACGUAUGGCGAGAUGGACGUUUUGUUUGAGAAGGGGGUGAGUGCUAGGAAGUUUAGCGGGACGGAUGUCAGUCCGUGGUCUCAUGGUAAUGGUCAGGGUGGAGAGAGGGGGAGUGAGGCGAAGGGGAAGGAGAAGGAGGAGGAGGAGGUGGAGAUGGAGAAUGGUAAGGCGGAGAUGGUUGAGAAGCUUUGA